AUGCAGGACAUACUUACUAGCUUUUUCAUAUUUUGCAUUGCUUCAUCUCAGUUGCUUGGUAUUGUGUACAGCAGAACAACAUUUGAUGUUGUCAAAUUUGGUGCUGUUGGAGAUGGACAAACUGAUGAUACCGAAGCUUUUGUAAAAGCAUGGACAGCCUUAUGUGGAGCAGCUGCAGCUGGUGAUGACGUACCAACACUUAUCAUACCAGGGAGAAAAACAUUCUUAUUGCAGCCCUCGGAAUUUGAAGGUCCCUGCAAAUCAAAGAGUGUUCAUGUUCAGGUCUCGGGUAAUUUGGUGGCACCCAAAACACCCGAUGCAUGGAAAGUGUGUCCACCACAUAGUUGGCUUGUAUUUAGAAAAGUGGGCAAUCUUAUAAUCGAUGGUUCAGGAAAAAUCGACGGUCAGGGUUCAACUUGGUGGGGCGAAGAUAGCUCUUUGAUAAAUGGGAAGAAGGAGAAAUGCGAAAGACCAACAAAGGCUCUACACUUCCUCCGAUGUGAUCAUCUACGAUUGAGUGGACUUACCCAUAUAAACAGCCCAAGAUCUCAUAUUGGUAUAAGCACAAGCAAUGACGUGGAUAUCUCCCAUCUUACUGUAAUUGCACCUGAUGAAAGUCCAAACACUGAUGGAAUUAACGUCACAAACUCAACCUAUGUCAAUAUUCAUGACUCUAAAAUUGGAACUGGUGAUGACUGCAUUGCAAUCAGUUCUGGUUCUUCCAAUGUUAGGAUAGCCAAGAUUGCGUGCGGACCAGGUCAUGGAAUUAGUGUGGGGAGCUUAGGAGCAGAUGGGGCUUAUGCUGCAGUGGAAAAUGUAUACGUGAGAGAUUGUAGUUUUAAUGGAACUCAAAAUGGAGCAAGAAUCAAGACAUGGCCGGGUGGAUCCGGAUAUGCCAGGAAUAUAACCUUCGAGAACAUCACACUUACCGCAACUAAAAACCCCAUCAUUAUUGACCAACAAUACUGUAACGGUGCUCACAAUUGCCCAAAGAAGAGCAAAGCUGUGCUGGUGAGCAAUGUGAGAUUCACUGGUUUUAGAGGAACUUGUGUUAAUGAGGAGGCCAUCAAAUUAGACUGCAACCAAAUUUGGGGUUGUCAAAACAUUGAACUGGUGAAAAUUAAUAUCACCUCAACGGUUCCAAGUAAGAAGGUUUAUGCAAGUUGCAACAAUGCCAAAGGAAAUUCCGGCUCUACUGUGCCCACUGUAUCUUGCCUCAAGUAUCCCACUCGUCCAUUCAUCUAA